CAUGUGACUUCUAAUAUAGGGAUAAAGAGGAUGGCAACUGCUCACCAGUGGCUUAAGAGCCACCAUAUGUCAAACACCCCCAGAAGGACCUCAUCCUUCAGGCUUUCCAAAACAUCCUGUACAGAUUUACAGGGGAAAAUCUGAGCUUGACAUUAAGAACAGCACUGCUACAUCAACAUGAGCUUCAGCACAGAAGAGAGAGGAAAACCUAACACACAGGACUAUAGAGUCUACUUCAAAAACUCAGAUGGGAAAUACAUAUCUCCAUUCCAUGACAUUUCCCUUUACGCAGAUGAGGCCAAGAAUAUCUUCCAUGCAGUUGUUGAGGUACCCAGAUGGACAAAUGCAAAGAUGGAGAUUGCGACCAGAGAACCACUGAACCCACUGAAGCAGGAUGUGAAGAAAGGAAAUCUGCGUUAUGUGUGUAAUAUAUUUCCACAUAAAGGCUACAUAUGGAACUAUGGAGCUCUCCCUCAGACAUGGGAGGAUCCAGGACACACAGAUGAAGACACAAAAUGCUCUGGAGACAAUGACCCCAUUGAUAUGUGUGACAUCGGUAACAAGGUCUGCUCACAUGGAGAAAUCAUCAGGGUGAAAGUGCUGGGAAUCCUGGCACUGAUAGAUGAAGGAGAAACAGACUGGAAAGUGAUCGUGAUUAAUGUUGAGGAUCAGGAAGCUGAUGACUUUAAUGAUAUUGAGGAUGUAAGGAGGCUUAAGCCGGGAUACCUGGAAGCCACGGUGGACUGGUUCAGAAUGUACAAACUACCAGAUGGGAAACCUGAGAACCAGUUUGCAUUCAAUGGUGAAUUCAAGAACAGGGACUUUGCCAUUAAGACCAUAAAAGAUACCCAUGAGUAUUGGAAGGCAUUGAUAUUGAGCAAGACUAAAGCAAAGGAACUUAACUGCCUGAACACAUGUGUCACAGACAGCCCAUAUGUCUGCUCUGGAGUGGAAGCCAAAGCCACUGUAGACUCAACAAGUGCAUAUGGUGCAUCAGAGCCUAUUCCUAGCUCAGCUGACAAAUGGUUCUAUUACAGCAAGUAAGCAACAAGACAACAGAUGACAGAUUACUAAAUAAGAGGAUGUACUUAGCUCACACAGAUAAUGUGAUAUAUAUGUAAGCCAAUAUGUAUUUGAGUUUUAAUGAUUAUUUCUAUAACAUUAGAACAUUUUUGUCUCUUUUGCUUGAGUGUUGUUCUUGGCAAUGUGUGUGCUCUAAAAUAAUACUGAGUAUCUUUGGACUUAAUACUUAUACUGAGUAUCUUUUGGAUCAGAAAAAUGUUGAAUAAAAGCUUUACUUUUAUGUUUGGAA